GUCUUUAAAAAGUUCACACUGAUAUGGGCUAAAUUAUUUCUCCGCCCCUUGUUUAUCUAACGUUAUCGAGUUCAUCAUCUCACGUGGAGUUACAGAUCAUUAGUCGAAAUGCAACUGAAGACUAAAGAGUUUGAGUCAUUGUUUUCUGAAGGACUGCUUGUUCUGGCUGAAAUGUUUGAAAAGAACCAGUUUGAGCUGAGGAUUGCAGGAGGGGCAGUGCGCGACCUUCUGUCAGGAAAACGGCCUGAAGAUGUGGAUUUUGCCACCACAGCCACUCCAGAGCAAAUGAAGAGCAUGUUCCAGGCAGCAGGAGUCAGGAUGAUUAACAACAAAGGAGAGAAACAUGGGACCAUUACGGCCAGGCUUCAUAAUGAGAACUUUGAAGUGACCACUUUGCGAGUGGAUGUACAGAGCGAUGGGCGGCACGCAGAGCUGGAGUUUACCACUGACUGGCAGAAGGAUGCAGAGCGCAGAGAUCUCACCAUCAACUCCAUGUUUCUUGGGCUAGAUGGAACUCUCUAUGAUUAUUUCCAAGGAUAUGAGGACCUCAAGAACAGGAAAGUAAGGUUUGUCGGCAGCGCCUCACUACGGAUCCAAGAGGACUACCUUCGAAUUCUGAGAUAUUUCAGAUUUUAUGGGCGGGUGGCAACUGAGCCUGGGCAACAUGAACCCGAGACUCUGGAGGCAAUAAGAGAGAAUGCCAGAGGAUUGGUAGGAAUCUCAGGUGAGAGGAUCUGGGUAGAGCUGAAGAAGAUGCUGGUUGGAGACCAUGCUGAUCACCUGCUGGAGCUUGUCUAUGAGUUGGGUCUUGCCCAGUAUACAGGUCUUCCAGUAGAUGGCAGUGUUGAGGAGAUGAAGCAGACCUGGCAGAAGGCUCAUGACUGCUCUCCUAAACCCAUGACUAUCCUGGCUGCUCUGUUCCGAAGACAGGAUGAUGUGGAGAAACUAGAUAUGCGACUGAAACUAUCCAGAGAGGAGAAAAACUUGGGCCUCUUCCUGGUCAAAUACAGACGAGAUCUCGUAAAGGAACAGGACAAACAUGACGACAUGAAACCAUACACCGAUUUCAUCAUUGAUUCUAGAGAGCCGGAGUCCCAGAGUAAAGUCUUGGAGCUGCUAAAAUAUCAAGGGGAAAAGAAGCUCUUAGAUGAACUGAGCAGGUGGUCCAUCCCGCGCUUCCCAGUGAGUGGGCAUGACCUACGCAAACUGGGUUUUACAUCGGGUAAAGAGAUUCGCACCAUCCUUCAGGAGCUAAGGGACAUCUGGAAGAAGAGCCACUAUCAGAUGAGCAAAGAAGAAGUCCUGGCCACCCUCAGCACAUCCUGAUUUCAGAUAAGAGAACAUGCUAGUGUCAAAAGUGCUUAUGUCUCUGCAUGCAUGUACAAUAAUGCAUUAUGAGUCUGUGUACAGAAGGUGCACCUCCAUAGUGUCAGUGGAUAGUGUGAGAAAGAAACAUCAGGGCAGUGGUAUAAAUCAUUUGGUCCUAUGCCUUUGCAGAUAAAAUGCAACCAAAGGUUUAGAUAUAUCUGUGGUUGCUAUCUUGGGAUUUUGUAUUGCCUAUGAUUUAUUUAGAUGGUUUUCAGGGUGCAGAAAAUGUCUUUGAGCAUCAAAGUGCACAUUUUCAGAUUUUGAAUGAUUAACAUAGUUAACAUGAGAAACAUGGAGUAUUUACCACGUCGUUGAACCGUGAGCAUUAUAAACACUCUCUAAAAAGUUUUCUUUUAUAAAUUAUUCAUGAAUUUCUCAAUCUUUUUUUUUUUUUAUAAAUGGGGAUUUAGUUUGACAUAAUAUCAUAUUCAUUCAUUAAUAUAAUUGGUUUGAACAAGAAUGCAUCUAAAAUGAAUGACACAAUGACGCGAAGUUCAUUUUGUUUUUUGUUGAUUUGAUGUGGGAUUUUGCCCUUUCAGAAGAAUGGUGUAAUUAUUACAGUGAAGGGAGUAAUUUAGCUCUCUUGCAGAGAAGACUUCUCAUAUGAAGCCGUAGCCAUGGUUUCAUUACGAGGAAAAUAAUGUUGCUUUUGUCAACAGUUCAUAGUUUUUAGAAGGUUAUGUAACCAGCUCUCCAGCUGUUUACUUUGAAAUAAACGAACCCACACCA